CACCAUACUUCAAAGUUCGUUCAACUCAGCUAUACUAGGAAGAUGGUGGACCACGUCGUCUGCUACGGAUACGAGGAGUCCUUAGAAAUGAGCCAAAACAAUGUCAGUAUUUAGUUACGCAAGAAGGACGUUGUCAAUUUCUGUUGGUGUGCAUGAACUACUCAGAUUGGCCUUAUUCUAUGGGCAAUGUGGGAUGCUUAUGAGCACUGAGGAGAUUAAGCAGAGACACAUACUCUUGAAGGCACCCCAGUGUUCUGCAGGAAUGGCUACUUACAGCUCAGGCAAGACAGGGACCAUUGAGGAUCCCAAAACGGUGACCAGCAUCCACGCCGGUCACAUUGAGGAGGUCCACGAGGUCCCCAUUCAGCAUCUAAUCCGACCGUUCCCGUCAGUGCUGGACGAGGACAAAGUCCAGUCACUGAUGGACACCAUCAAGGAUCCAGCUCAGAGGCAGAAAGUUCCCCCGGUGGACAUCCUGUGGAUAAAGGGUAGGAAGGGCGGAGACUACUACUACUCGUUUGGGGGGUGUCAUCGCUACGCGGCUUACACAAGGCUUAGAAUGGAGACCAUCCCCUGUAAGAUUGUUCGCUCCACUGUGUCCGACCUGAGGAACUACCUUGGAUCAUCAACUCCAGAUUUACUUUGAGAAAGUUUUACUAGGAAUCAAAUCGAGGGUUAUUGUUGAAGUUUAUCUGAAGUCACCUGCAUCAUGUACAUGAAGUUAUACCUGAAAAUAAUCUUGUAAGUGGCAAACUAGAUAAUGUUAUGCAUCUCCACUGCAUAAUACGACAAGGUUUUAAGGAAACUAAUGAAAUGCAAGUCUUAAUGUAAGUGAUGAUCCACAUGGGAUGUACUCCUCUGAAAUUCAUCAUGGAUUAUGAAGUGUGUAAAGGAAGUAGUUGCCUUAAUCUUGGAAAAGCAAGAUGGGCCUUGCUGUACAUAGCAAUGUUGCCAUGGAUUGUCCUGUCUCGGAGCAUCAUCUUUAUUAGUAGGACUUUAAACCUACCAAAAAGUGUCAAUCUGAUGAAGAAAGACUGAUUUUUGAGUGCAAAACUUCAACUUUUCUCUGAAAAUUAGAUUUAUCGGUCACGGCCAACAGACUGUGCCACGAGGUCCAAGGCAGUGGCUAGAUAGGAAGAUUUCCUGCAAUAAGGAUCCCGCGGAGCUUAACCACUUCAUGCCGGAGCAUUUUUCAAUGUUGAUGAUGCUGGGCGGGCAUGACUAUCAUU